AGGGCAAUUGUUCUAACCACUAUGCUGUCCUGCAACACCUAACCUUCUUAGCUGUCUGCUACAUUUACCUUUUUCAAUCAGCUGCCGAUACCUGGGAAAAACUGCUUCCCCCCCCCACUCGCACAGUUUCCGCAGGUAACUUUCGCAAGUGUCCGUACAUUAAAACCCCAGAGGCUUUCAUCUGUGUUAACGUGCAUCGGAAGUGUGAAGUUUAUGCAGGGGCGAGGCUGGAACCAGAAAUCCCAUGAAUCCGAAGACGAAUCGCCCGGUGUCGUCUGAAGAAGAAGUCGUUCGUAUGAUCCGGACGAACUAAAUUGGACUUUUGGUGAUGGUCAGAAUGGAAAGACUUCGUCAUGGAGAGAUUGGCUUUCUCCGCCCACCGCCUCAGGUGUUUGCGCCAGGCACGAUCUGUCCUCAGCCCCCCAAAACACCACGCUUUCUCAGUGGCCGUGACCAGAACGUGAGGUUCGGCUCCCGCCGCGGUCCUGCACGAACUCAGCCCGGCAGCAAACACGCAUCCGGUACCAUCUCCCCCCCCCCCGCCAGUUCUGAAAGGACCACUGCAUGAGAAAUGCUCGAACUGUUCGAGAAAACAUCCGGUUCGGGAAGAAGUUUGGUUCACGCUAUUGGACGAAGGAGAUCGACUACAGAAUCGUGCUGAGGUGGAAGCUGAUCUCCGUAAUAUUCGCUUAACUUGGGAAAGAAGACAAGCCAACUCACGCCACAAAUGGCAGUGUCAUCUGACUUUCUUAUGUACUUCUGGUCUUGUGUUCAACGUCCUGUCAAGGCAGGUUUUGACAGGGUAGCGAAGGGUGACAGUGCUGUGGGGUAAGCCGGCACCGCCGGCAGAAACCGUCAAGCCUCGACAGCUGUCACGGUGCUCGAUGCAUCAAGGCUUGUCUGUAACAGCGGACACUGAAACGGGUGUGGAACAGCUCCGAAGAAAUAGGGAGUGGCUGCUCAGUUGUUAUGGACUUGGGACCUGUUUAAGCCCAAUGGUCUCCUCUGGACCACGGCCAAAGAGACAGUUAGGUGGCAAGACAAAGGACACGGGCGGAAGGAGACGAAGCCAAGGACGUGGCUAGCGGUGUACAGACCUCCUCCACCUCCCCAGGGCUGGGGUCGGGUGGGCACGUGAUGGGCGGAGCCAACAGAGGUGUUCCACAAUGUUCUGGAGGACACCGUGACCUCUACUGGUCCAAGAGGCCAACACAGGACAGGAGCAGCUCGGAGAGGAGGAAAGAGAAGUCGCGCGACGCGGCUCGCUGUCGCCGCAGCAAGGAGACGGAGGUGUUCUACGAACUGGCCCACCAGCUGCCCCUUCCCCACAGCAUCAGCUCUCACCUGGACAAGGCCUCCAUCAUGCGGCUGGCCAUCAGCUUCCUGCGCGCACGCAAACUCAUCUCCUCAGGUUGCGUGCCCAACGAGACGGAGGAAGACAGACAGAUGGACGGCCUUUACCUGAAGUCCCUGGAUGGCUUCGUCACCGUGGUAACAUCCGACGGGGACAUGAUCUUCUUAUCGGAAAACAUCAACAAAUUCAUGGGUCUCACUCAGGUGGAGCUUACAGGACACAGUAUUUUCGACUUCACCCACCCCUGCGAUCACGAGGAGAUCCGGGAGAACCUCAGCCUCAAAGCAGGUGUAGGCUUCGGAAAGAAGAACAAGGAGAUGAGCGCGGAGCGAGACUUCUUCAUGAGGAUGAAAUGCACCGUCACGAAUCGAGGACGCACCGUCAACCUCAAAUCGGCCAGCUGGAAGGUGCUCCACUGUACCGGCCACGUAAAGGUGUACAACAGCUGCCCGCCUCGCGUUCUCUGCGGCUUCAAGGAGCCCCCGCUCACGUGCGUUGUCAUGAUGUGCGAGCCCAUCCCCCACCCCUCCAACAUUGACAUGCCCCUCGACAGCAAGACCUUCCUGAGCCGCCACAGCAUGGACAUGAAGUUCACCUACUGCGACGACAGAGUGAACGAACUGAUGGGGUACUGCCCCGAGGACCUCCUGGGCCGCUCCGUCUACGACUUCUACCACGCGCUGGACUCUGACAGCGUGACCAAGAGCCAUCAGAACCUAUGCGCCAAGGGCCAGGCUGUCAGCGGGCAGUAUAGGAUGCUGGCCAAACAUGGAGGCUACGUGUGGGUGGAGACCCAAGGCACCGUCAUCUACAACAGCCGCAACUCUCAGCCGCAGUGCAUCGUGUGCAUCAACUUUGUCCUGAGCACCAUCGAGGAGAAGACGGUCAUUUUCUCCAUGGACCAGACGGAGGCCCUGUUUAAGCCUCACCACGCCCUGGGCAUGAGCGCCUUCUUCAGCCGGAGCGGCGAGGCGGCGGCCGGCGAGGCGGCCGGCGCCCUCUUCACCAAGCUGAAGGAGGAGCCAGAGGACCUGGCCCAGCUGGCACCCACCCCCGGCGACGCCAUCAUCGCCCUCGACUUUGGUCAACCGCAGUUUGAGGAACCGCACUUAUACAACGAUGUCUCCUGUAUGCCCCCCCCUGCCAGCCAGCGCUGGGCCAACGAUGGCCCCAAACCCAGCCCUGCUGGGGAAAUGCCCAGCCUGGCUGCCACGUUCUCGGUGCCCCAACCGCCACCUCCGGGCAGCGCGACGCCCAGCCUGAGCAGCUGCUCCACGCCCAGCAGCCCUGGCGACUACUACUGCACCAUGGAGAACGAGUUAAAGGUGGAGCUCACCGAGAAACUCUUCGCGCUGGACACCGAACCCAAGAGCCCGUGUGCCGGCCAGAUGGACGUCAGCGAUCUGGACCUCGAAACCUUGGCCCCGUACAUUCCUAUGGAUGGGGAGGACUUCCAGCUGAACCCCAUCUGCCAGGAGGAGUCCCAGGCGGAGGUUGUCCCAAGUGGCACCCAGCACAGCUUCAGCAACAUAGCCAGCCUGUUCCAGCCGCUGGCCGCUCCACCGCCCCUCCAGUUCAACCCAGCCGUGCACCCUUCCGGCGAGAAGAGGGGCCCCGGCUCCGCUUCCGUGAACUCUCGCCCCGACGUACUUUACUCUCGCACCGCACUCGUGCCCCCCUACCACGCCCCGGCCAGCACCCCGCUCUCCUCUAUGGGCGGGCGACAGAACUUGCAGUGGCCUCCUGACCCGCCGUUACAUUACCCGCAGGCCAAGAGUAGCGUAACGGAGCCGCUCUCGAGCAACCGGGCCUGCCGGAAUAUGUCUCCUCAGCGGCUGCCCCUCCAUAGGCAGAGGUCCCUGGAGAACUUUGUGCAGACCGCUAAAGACAUGAGCCCAGCCCAGAUCGCCUUAGCCAACAACUACAAGCGCAAACGGCAGUUUAAGUUUGAGGAGCGGCGCGCCUUUCCGCAGAUGGACUCGGAGAAAGCAUCCCAGAGCGAGAGCACGGAAAUGAUGUGGAAGAGAGUGAAAAACGAGAGCUGCGCAUUCAUGGAUAGGAAGUCUCUCUCAACCAGCGCGCUCACAGAUAAAUUCGCAGGCCUGCGGCAAGGUGUAGACCGGGAACGCGGGAAGAGCCAGUACCCCCCGGGUGGUGCCGGCGGACCCAAGAAAGCCUUCCCGGGCCAGUGCUACGGUCCGAACUUCCGGGAGUACAGAAUGCUGCCUUCGGCCAAAAUGCAAGGCGUGGCGAGCAGAUUGCUGGGGCCCUCGUUCGAGUCGUACUUCCUGCCGGAGCUGACGCGCUACGACUGCGAGGUCAACGUUCCGCUCCAGGGGAACCUGAACCUGCUGCAGGGCGGCGACCUGCUGAGAGCCCUGGACCAGGCCACUUAGACCAGCGGGCUCCGCGCCGGCCCUCGCCCGUCUCCGCCUCGCCUCGCCCUGCCCGAGCACGGCCUAUAGCUAGCUGAGCAGCUUGCAUAUAUCCUACAGGAACGGUAGCUUUUGGUCUACUUUUGUUGUCUUCAUCAAUCUAAGUUAUAUGCGUGUAACUUUUUUUGGCAAAAAGACUAUAUUGACUAUUUACAGACAGCAUCUUACCUGUUCAGUGUGUCCAGAUAUGAUUGUGCCCUUCGACCCCGAACGCACCGUCUUGGAUUUCACCACUUUCAGGUCUUCUCUUCCCGCUUUCCUUCUCUCUGUCUGCCUAUUCUCCGCUGUCACAGACACACAAAUAUACUUCGAAGUUAAGUUUUGAUCGUGAAAGGAGGACGCAUUUAUAGAUUACGCUCCUCCGUUCGUCUGCUGUAAAAAACGAUAGCUAUUUUGAAAAACAAACGUUUAUUGCUCCCCUUUCGAAGGAAAGGCCUCGCAUUCCAAUUCUGCCCUUUUCGAGCUUCGCUUCGGCUUCUCCGUCUCAACCGCCGAAGCCUCGGUUCAGCCCGUCUGAUACCGGCGAAGAUUCGCGCCUCUGUCCGAAGCCACAGUUCUGCCUCCCCCCGACGUUGAGAUGCACUUUGUACGUGAUGGAUGAUGCCGUACGUGCAGUACGGGCCUGACGGUCAAUAGUCCUGCUUCUUCUGCCUUUGACGGAAAACUUGUAUCAAGGGUUAAAGGUUGUACGCAGUUCCCUUCCGCAAGACUGCAACCCCUCACUGAGAUGUAACUUGACUCUUUCCCUCUUUAUCUUCCUCCCUCCCUCGCUCUUGUUCAACCUAUUCUGUCCGACUGCCACUUUAAAACCACACACACACACACAGAUAAUACACACAUUUGUAUUUAAAGAAUCUCUUAAGUUUCUUUGAUAGUGUCUAUGAUGUUUAGUAUUCAUGUGCCUUGGUACUUCGUCUUAUCUACCCAGUGGAUGCGGAUCAGAUUCUUGUUUGCUCUUAUUGUUUGAUGAGCGGACUUCUGUUUCCACAGCGCUGGUUUCUCUUGUGUUUUUAAGUGUCAUUUUGAGAGUAUGCAGAAGCAUCCUAACCUUGUUGGCAGGCCAGUACUGUUAUUGAUCUUUAGAGGAAAAAAAGAGGGGGAGAACAGAAAUUUAAAAAAAAAAAAAAAAAAA